AUGUGUGAUCAGAACGCGUUACUUCGCCUUCUGGCGGCACAAGCAACCGCUCAACAACAGAUGUUGUUCGGGUGCGGUACGGGACAAGUAAUCGGCGCUGGAGGUGCGACAAACACCGGUCAUCGAGGAGUUGGCGCCAAUGGCGUCGGGUUGCUCAACGGCGUUCUAAGCGCGGCUAAUCCAUUUCUAUCACCAGAGAUGAUGUUGUGGCAAAGUAUGGUAGCUGCACAAUCACAGAUUGCACAACUUCAACAACAACAACAACAACAACAGCAGCAGCAACAACAGCAACAGAAGCUGCCGCAAAAGCAACAGCAACAGCUUCAACAACAACAACAACAACAACAACAACAACAGCAACCGCAAGCCCAACCAUCGUUUGAUGAAGUGCUGAAGAAAUUAUCAGAAAGCGCGAAGAAAAGGAAGAUCUGUGCUUCUGGUAAAGCGUCGAGAAUUUUGCACUUCAUUCGGAACAUAAUAUUCAUCUGGAAUCCGCCGUCUGAGUUGAAGCAACAGGGAAUGUUCAGUCGGAUUUCUUUCAAUGUCGGCGACUACUCGGCAGCUACUGCUGCCAUAAUCGUCGUCAUCGUCGUAGGGCCGGCCAUGGCUGGCUGCACUGCUGCGAUCGUCAAACGGCAGCAGCCACGAAAUUCACGAGGGACUCAAGAAGCUCAAGAAACAUGCUUUAUUGGAGGAGGAGGAGGAGCUGACUUGGUUAUCCACGACAAUAUCCAGAAAUUUCACACGAGAAGUAGGAGGAAAAAUGCCCACAAAUGUUUGACUCCACCUCGAGAAUUCCAGAAAAACGUUGCUUUAUGCUUUUACGCUCAGUUGAGCUCCAAGUCAGAUUAUGCUAUGAAUCAGUUCUCCAGCGUUGUUAUCCAACCAUGUUGCUUUGGUGCUCACGUAGGUGAGUGUUUAUGUGUUAGUGUGGAUGUAGAGUAUCAGGAUGAUUCUGGCAUUGAUUGGGAUCCGCAAAUUAUGUUUAUUUUCGCUUCUGUUUUGUUUCAACAAGCGGUCAACGUCAUUCGGGACCGAGCUCAACUACGUGUCAAACAGUGCGAAUUUUGGCAAUCGAGCUCACCUCGUCUGUUGGCUACGAUGACCGGAGACGCUGAACGAUUGGAUGAAAGGAAUGCAUUGAGGAAGGGAAAGAAAAGUUAUGUAAAAAUCACCGAAAAGGCAAAGAAAAGUUAUGUAAAAAUCACCGAAAAAGGCAAAGAUCAGUCACGUGCAGUAAUCAAUGGUGUUUCGGGUUCCCAUCAGUCAACGACUAGUUUGCUACCGAUGUCGGCUUCAGCAGCGGCGACACCAACGACUUCGGUUAUUCGUGGUGGACGAAACAAUCUCGAACCAGGCGAGAUCCCCGUCAUGAAGAGUACAUCGUUUGCGAAGACGUUGAACUCAAUGAAUAAGAGCAUGCUGGACGCGGCGAUGUUGCAGCUGUUGGCCACACAGAUGAUGAGUCAACAGCAGACGGCAGCAGCAGCCGGAACGAUGGCUGCAAAAAUGAAUGGGCAUUUCAAUAACAGAACAGCAACAAAGAAGGACGCGGCUCACUUAGCACUUGACCUUUCCACUAGGGCUAAAGCAGAACCAGGUCCUUCAUCUGACGGUACCGAAACACGCAGCAGUGCCACUCCAUCUGAAAGUGUAGGUGAGACCGGGAAGAAACGCCCACCGGCCACCGAGUCUCAGGCGAGAGUACCGUUAUCAUUAGGAUGGCGACGUCAAACAUGCAUCCGAUCGAUAGCUGCAUCUGGAGUUCGUGGAGACGUCGUCUACUACGCGCCAUGUGGGAAAAAGCUGAGCACCUACGCCGAAGUGUUAAGAUAUCUGAUGAAGCAUCCGUGCAAUUCGAUUUGUCGCGAUAACUUCUCAUUUAGCAGUAAAUUAAUCGUCGGCGAAUUUUUAUGGCCGAAGGAACUGGAAAGCGGCGAGAAGACAGUGGUAAAGAUGACCGAAGAAGCCGUUGCUGAUGAGGUGAAUCGCUUGGUUUCGUUGAAACCGCCGGCUCGAAACGGUGAACGAAAGCAUCGCGAAAAGCCAUCAGCAGCACCGCUGCAUGAAGGGAGGACCACUCCUGAAGAGUCUCACCAUGAGCAUCAUGUUGAAGUCGACGAAUCACCAUUAGAUGUGUAUGACGAUGAAGACAAAAUCAAAUGGAGUCGUGAACCUAUCGACGAUCUCUUACUGACAGAAAUUCGACCGGUGCCAGACUUACCACGGGUUGAAAAUCUACGCCUAAAUGGCCUCGGUUUUGCCGAUGCUCUUAUGGUCUGUGAAUUUGUGCAUAAUUUUGCACGUGUAUUGGAAAUAGGUGAAAGUCGUACUCGACUCGGUCAAACUGUAUCCGAACUGGGUGUCACGGAACAAAACUAUUCCGAAUUAAUGCGGAUGUUCUUGGCAACAAGGGAUUCCCAAGGAGAAAAGUUAUCUCAUCUCUUGAUCACUCACAACUUCAAUGAACUCGCCGGGGAAGAGAAAGCAGCCAUAAUGGCGUUCCUCUGCAACGAACUCCUUUGCUGUCCUAAUAUCGUAAAGGAAAUUGAUCGAAAUCUUGAAGAAGUUGGUCGAUUAAAAGGCGAUCGAUGGAUGAGGGACGGGAAGGCUCGAGCUCUCCGAGUUGUUCAGCGUAGGAAACAGAAAGCGGAACGCGGCAUAAUGCAACCCGCUGAUUCUGAUGGUCAGACACAUGACGAACGACCAUCGUCAAGAAAUUCUGAAGCGUCUGAUGGCAGUCGACCAACCACGCCCAUCCCGACAACUAGGGACCGACGACUCACACCUGGUCUUGGGCAAUGUGAAAUUCUAACCGAAGAGGAGGAGAACAUGUCACCCGAUCAACUCGAAGUGCUCAUUGACUCUCUUAAUUCGGAGGCUGAACAUCUCAAGGAGAAAAUCAACGAGUUAUCGACGAAAGUGCGCAGUUUCCCGUUAGGAUGUGAUCGAUAUCAUCGGCAGUACUGGCAAAUCCCUGGUGUGCCAUCAGUGUUGGUCGAGUCCGUCGAGAGUUCUGGUAUGUCGAAUCCGGCAUGUAACACAGACGACACAUGCUCAAAGGACCCGUCAGAUCUUACAGCCCCUUCGUUUGUUCAUCCGGAUGUGUUUGCAUGCGUUGAGGAUCUCGUUGAUGACGUCGUGACUGGUUGUUCACACACAGAUCGACGUAAACGCAAGCGUUUCCGACGUAUGGACAAUCCGUACAAACGAGGAUGGUGGGCGGUGGACACGAGGGAAGCGUUGGAGUCCGUGCGCAGUAGCCUUCAUGGACGUGGAAUUCGUGAACGUAUUUUGCAUCGACUUCUGUGCAAGUCAUGGUUCCUUAAGGAUGUUAAGCUUGGCAGAGUCGAUCUGGAGAAGUUUGGUGAUGAAGUAGAUUGGAAUGAGGUGACAGAAAGGAAUAGAAACGCCGUACAUCGACAAGUUGACGAGUUGAUAGCGAGAAUCAACAGUGCUAAAAUCUUCAUAAAAGGUACCGCGAAUGCUCAUCUUCGAGGUGGCGCUGGUCCGGAUAGGUCUCUUGCAGCUUUGAAGCUGAGAAUACUGAGUUGCGAACGAGCAAUCAGUCGCAACUACUUACGACCAAGCUUUUUCGUUAGUGAUAAAAAAUGCUUGGCAUACUCAUUGGAAAUCGAAGGUAUGGCACGUAAGAAAGAUUUGGUUAAUACGGAAGAUGAAGAUGAACGUGAUGAUGAAGACGCGACGGAAGAAUCGGAAAAAGAUGAUUCGGAUAGACGUGAAACCAUCGAACGAUGGCGAUCUUAUGUGGAAUCUGCCGAAACGCCAGCUGAGCUGUCGCUUGCUGUUCAGAUGCUGAACUCAUCCGUGGCUUGGGAAACGGUGGCGAUUCUACGUCUUUGUCAGAUCUGCCACAAGCGAUGCGAUGAACCGUCGACGACAUUGAAGUGCACAGCGUGUCGACUCAACUAUCAUCUGGGUUGCUGUAAAUCGCCGCAAUCUCGUGAGUGGUUUUGUCCAGCUUGUGUGGAAGUGUCAACUCAGGUGCCCACGUGUCUCAUCUGCUCCCGUCAGCACGACUAUCUAGCAGUGUGCAGAAAAUGCUAUCAUUUCUUCCACUUCGACUGCGUAGGUGAUGCAUCCUUUGAUUCUUAUAAAGACUUCACGUGCCGGGGUUGCGAUCCCAAGUUAUUUGAACGACGAGUGAUCGCUUACGGUGAAAGCGACGAUUAUAUUGAAGCAGACGAUUCCGCUGACACGACUGAACAUCACCAUCAUGGUCACCAAAACGGACAACACCCAUCACAUGGACGAGAUGCACGGAAACCUGUAAAGCGAAAAGCCGAAGCACCACCACCGGUCGUAUUUCCGAUGGAAAUGAACGCAGAUCUGUGCAGAGCGAUGUUGGACGAAUUGGAAUGUCAACCGGGUGUUGGCCCGUUUCUGGAGCCGGUGGAUUUGGAUCUUGUCCCUGGUUAUCGUGAGACGAUUGCUAAUCCCAUUGACAUAGCGUCAAUCAGGAACCGAAUAGAUGCGCUGUGGAGAGGGGUUCAUUACUCAAAUGUGAUUUUUUUAGAAUAUAGGUUGUUAAAUAUUUAUAGCUAUGAAACACCGGACGAUUUUGCUGCCGACAUGGAAUUGAUGUUCAGCAAUUGUCGUACUUUUAAUGAAGAUGAUUCUCCUGUCGGAAUUGCUGGUGCGACACUGCAGAAAUUCUACCACAAACGCUGGCGGCAGUUGAAGUAUAACUUUAGCAAACGGUUAAAACGUAUGCGUCAUUCGUUAUGA